ACAGGAAAGGGUGAACUAACUGCAAAUAAAAUGAUACCAGCAAAGGGAAGGCACUCUGAAAUAGAAAGCUAUGACAUUGCUGACAAGAAUUCUGAUGAUUCCACAGAUGAUGAAGAUGCCCCGAGGAAGACCAUUCCCAAGUGGUGCCUAGGUAUUUGUUUCAAGAGAACUUCAAUGUGGGUUCAUGUACCUACACCCCAUAUGACUAAGACAGACUUCAAAGUGGGUUCAUGUACGAACAGCCCAUAUGACGAAAAUGUUUGCUCAUGUAGACAUUCUGAACUCACAUAAUCAGUUAGCAUAACUAAUGAAACAGUUGAAGCUUAUUUUGCAAAAAUAUUUAGUACACAUUUGUAGUGGAUCGAAACGUUUUGCCAUAUAUCAAUAUUGAAUAUGUUUCAUACAAUCUUGAUAUAAAAUACUUUAGUUAAGGUGUAUUAUAAGCCCAAAAAAUGGGAAAAUUGAAAUAAUCUGUGCCCAGAUAGAUUAAUGCAUUUGAAAUGUGUACUCAGCAAGGCAUAAAAUAUUUAAAUUUUAUAUCAGUGAAAUGUUGUUAACCUGAGUUUUGAGAAUUUCAAUACAUCAUUGCGCAUCAAAAAAUUGUAUUCUCUAAAUCCACUUUGCUUUAAGUUUCUUGAGCCUUACUUCUGCCCAAGCUUAAUUAUUACAUACCAGUUAAUUUCUAUUAGAUGUGAGCUUAUAAAUAUGGAUAGAAGAAUAAUAUCCCAAAAUAUCAUUUUUGAAAUUGUUCCUUACUUCACGCUCACAAAUUAUAAGGACUUGCCUUUGAGCAUAGAGUAUCUCGUCACUAAAUGUUUUUGUUCUUUUUGUCAGGUGAGAAUAUCAUGAAAGCCAUCAUGAUACAAGAGUCGUCACAAGUGGAUCCUGACAUAAUAUUCCAAGCAAACCGCAUAGUUCCCCCUGAUCUGCGUUUGAUCUUCCCAAGGAAAAAGAAGUUCAAAGAGAGAACUAGUUCAGCACUGUGGACAUCACCCGUCUUGAAAGUGACGUCCUUUGUCGAGUGA